UUUAAAUUAAAGUGGCAUUCGGAGCGGGUGGUGAGCACCCGCUAGUCGCGUCGGUAAAAACGUUUACUAUACUUGUAUUAUUAUAACCGGAUAGGUUUAAAGUGAGUGCCAUAUGGAAUUAUGUUCUACAUUGAUUCCCAUUAAAACAGCGCGCAUUUCUCUGUCACUUGUCAAGAGGCAGAGAGGGCAGACACAGCCAGGACACGACGUUGAUCAUCAGCAGUGGCACAGCACAGGAAACCGAACAUUGAGGAUAUAUAUUCUAGAUUUUUGUCGGCGUUAAUUAAAAAAACAGUAUUAGAAAGGUUUCAAUUCCACUGGUUUGGUGUCUGGUAGGACUAGGUUAUUCUAGUUGAUGAAAUGACGGUGAGAUGUUAUAUAAAACGAAUAACGGAGAUGAGAUGAUACAGAAUAUAACGUUAGGUUCAAUAGAAUCACAUGUGAUACUUCGACUGUACCGAUCAUUAUGGCACAUUAGGCAUCCAGAUAACAUUUACUGGAUUUUUUUCUUGUAAUUUAAAGGUGAUUUUACAGCUACCUCUAAUCUCAGAAAGAUUCAGCUAGCUAGUUUGGUAGAUGUUGUAAAUGCAGGUAUAUCCAGUAGUGUGCAUUUAAUUUAGCUAACCGUAGACGGCUGACAAGCUAGCUAAAAUGAUGAGGUAGUAUGCGUAGAAUAAUGCCCAACAUUCUGAACAAUGUUUACUGGAUCAUAGAAUAUAUGUAAUAUUACAAUAUAGAUAGCUAAUUACGUUGGCUAUUAAAUAAAUCGACCCGGCUAUUACCCUUGGUUUUUGUGGGCCUAUAUUCCAAUCUGACAUAAAUUGUCACCUAUGCGAAAUGGGCCCACAUUUUAAAUGAGAAAACAAAGAAUUGGGCAGGCUACUUGAGAGAUUAAGCUGAUUACAGUUUUCCGCGUUUUUGGGACAGCUGCUGGCUAGCUAGUUUGGAAGUGUAGGAGCUUGCCGCUCUGUGUUCCUAAAUCAGGGUCAGUUUUCUAAAUCGACGUUUUCAGUGCCGACACAAUGGACAGUCAUACCGGGGACGACAUGAGUGUCGUGGAGGUGGAACCCAUGCCUGGCUAUGCGGAUCUCAUAACGAGAGCAUCAACAGUGAUGCCCAGUGCCUUGAGAGGCUGUAGCACUUGCGGUCUAGAGCUCUCCAAAAGCACGCUCCUGGAUAACGCUUAUAUUACCUGGACCGAAAUCGUCCUUUUCUUCAUCUGCGCGGUUAUGUGGACGCAGAUACGACGGCGACUAACAGAAUGUCUGUUCCAGCCGUUUGCACAAUGGUGUAGUCUCCAGCCCAAAGAUUCUGCCAAGAUGCCAGAGAGCUCGUGGAAGCUGGUCUUCUACACCAUGUCCUGGUCGUACAGCACCUACCUGCUCUUCUUCACAGACUACACCUUCUUCCAUGACCCGCCCUCCGUAUUCUAUGAAUGGAAGCGUGGCAUGACAGUGCCCACGGACAUCGCCAUCGCCUACCUGAUCCAGGGCAGCUUCUACGGACACUCCAUCUAUGCCACGGUCUACAUGGAUGCCUGGAGGAAGGAUUCUACCGUCAUGGUGGUGCACCACGUCAUCACCCUGGCCCUCAUCACCUUCUCCUACGCUUUCAGAUUCCACAACAUUGGGUUGCUGGUGUUGUUCCUCCACGACAUCAAUGACAUCCAGCUGGAGUUCACCAAGCUCAAUGUAUACUUCAAGACCCGUGGAGGGGGGUACUACCUCAUCAACGACAUCCUGUCCAACAUGGGCUCUGUCAGCUUCAGCAUCACCUGGUUUUGGUUUCGUCUCUACUGGUUCCCUCUGAAGGUUCUGUACGCCACCUGUGUGUCCAGCCUCCAGUCCGUCCCAAACAUACCCUUCUACUUCUUCUUCAACUCACUCCUCUUGACACUCCUCUGCAUGAAUAUCUACUGGUUUUUGUAUAUAGUGGCAUUUGUGGCGAAAGUCCUGACGGGGCAGAUGAAGGAUGUAAAAGACCUCAGGGAGUACGAGGGUGAGGAGGGAGCCCAGAGGGCCGCAACCCUGCUUAAGGCCCAGCAGCAGAGUAAAGAUGCAGGACAUCUCAACAAUUCUGCUGAAACUCAACUCAACAACUCUACUGAAGGGAAGCACUUGCAGAACGGGAUCACCAAGGAGAAGCAUCUAUAAUUGCCUCUCUAGCUCUAUCUCCUGGCACUUAACUCUGAAUGCAAGUAACCUACAUUUAGGUCUAAGUGAAUCGCAAAAAGGUAAAAAAAAAACAUCAAAUUAGAAAAGUGAUCAUUUUUCAUUCUGUUUUGUCAUUGUUUUAUUAUAUCACUGUGAAUGUUAUUUCAGGUGACCUUUGUCUUAUUAACAUUAAA